AAUCGGAGCGGUGCUGUCGAGAUGUCGCGGAAGAUCUCCGAGACAUGAAGAGAGCGCGACCGAGGAUCGCAUGGGUUUCUUUAAGUCGGGGCCGGCGGUAGCAGAGCCGUGAUCAAAAUGAACUUGAUUAACAUGGACGCGGAGAACCGCGUGGUUCUGAACGUGGGCGGAAUCCGGCACGAGACGUACAAGGCGACCCUGAAGAAGAUCCCGGCGACGAGGCUCUCGAGACUGACCGAGGCCCUCGCCAACUAUGACCCGAUCCUCAAUGAGUACUUCUUUGACAGACACCCGGGUGUCUUCGCCCAGGUACUCAACUACUAUCGCACCGGGAAGCUGCACUACCCCACGGAUGUGUGCGGCCCGCUUUUCGAGGAAGAGCUCGAUUUCUGGGGUCUUGACUCGAAUCAGGUCGAGCCUUGCUGUUGGAUGACCUACACGCAGCAUCGGGAUACGCAGGAAACGCUGACGGUCCUCGACAGGUUGGACCUCGACACCGAGAAACCCACCGAAGAAGAACUGGCCAGGAAAUUCGGUUUUGAGGAAGCGUACUACGAGGGAAGUCUCACGUGGUGGCAGAAGCUCAAACCUCAGAUGUGGUCACUUUUCGAUGAACCUUAUUCCUCCGUCGCAGCUAAGGUAAUCAGUAUAGUCUCCGUUUUCUUCAUCUGCGUUUCGAUACUUUCGUUUUGCUUAAAAACCCAUCCGGACAUGCGAGUGCCGGUGAUCGUGAAUCGUUCGGUAAAGAUUGACAACGUGACAUCCUGGGUGGUAGACAAGACUCGCACCAAUGCCCAUGAUGUCUUCUUUUACAUCGAAUGCGUCUGUAACGCCUGGUUCACCCUUGAGUUCUUGACACGUAUCACCGCGAGCCCGAAUCGCUGCGACUUCAUCAAAAGCUCGGUGAACCUAAUCGACAUGGUCGCGACCUUGAGUUUUUACGUCGACCUGGCGCUGCAGCGGUUUGCGGCCCACCUGGAGAACGCCGAUAUCCUCGAGUUCUUGAGCAUCAUACGUAUAAUGAGGCUGUUCAAGCUCACACGCCACUCCUCGGGUCUGAAGAUCCUGAUACAGACCUUUCGCGCCUCGGCGAAGGAGCUCACGUUGCUGGUGUUCUUCCUCGUCCUCGGCAUUGUCAUCUUCGCCAGCCUUGUGUAUUACGCGGAGCGCACCCAAUACAAUCCGAAGAACGACUUCAAGAGUAUACCCCUUGGUUUGUGGUGGGCCCUGGUGACGAUGACGACCGUCGGUUAUGGGGACAUGGUGCCGAAAACGUAUAUCGGGAUGUUCGUCGGCGCGUUAUGCGCAUUAGCCGGUGUCCUCACGAUCGCCCUGCCGGUGCCCGUGAUCGUUAGCAACUUUGCGAUGUAUUACAGUCACACGCAGGCGCGAGCCAAACUACCGAAGAAGAGACGCCGUGUAUUGCCAGUCGAACAGCCACGUGUGAGGGCACCAGGCGCGCCGCCCGGCGUGGCCGGCGGGCCUGGGACCGUCGGACCCCCAGGCUGUGGCCAGCAAAUGUCACACUUGCAGUCCAGCGGGGGCACGGUUACCACUGGGCCCCACGGCCUCGGCAUGGGCCAAACGCCCGGCGUCGGAUGCACUGGCGGCGGCCAAGGACCGCAGAACCGGAGAAUGAACGCCAUUAAGACGAAUCAUCCGAAGGAUCCGUUCGCCACGAAAACAGAGGAAGACCGGAGGAAUUGUAACCUACGAACCAACGGGACCAAGAGAGCCGGAGGUUUGGAUUAACCAUUUGCGGUCGUAGUGUGCUCAGGCAUGGGUAUCUCUCACAACUGGUCGGAAUUAUUUUGGAGCGAACGACGCGGCGUGUAUACACCUAUAAUCAAAGAUUGUUCUGUAAAAUCCCGUAAAUUCCAUUAGGCAUGCUUUGGCAAGGGAAAAAAAAAAGAAAAAUGUAUAAAAACGAUACCUCGCUGCAUCGAAGCAUCACACGGCUUCCGUUGCCCAUUUUCAACGGCUAGGCAAAAAUAAACACUGCCGGCGAAGCGUGGCGGCUGAGACCCGACAAGCGAAACGGUAAAAAAAAAUUCUUGCGGCGGCUGUCAUCAGAUAUACGAUCGCAAAGGGUAUAUCUAUUAUUUAUCUGGAAUGUAGAAUUAAUAGAAACAAUAGAGAAACACUUCCGAGGCUCCGUGUCCCCGAGAGAAGGGAUUUCACCCAUCCGCGGACACCGCGCCCGGCAGUUGUGUGUUUACCCGUUUUAAUCUUAAUUCUACAUUCCAAAUAUUAUUAUAUAUAUACAAUAUAUACCGUCGGGACGAAGAGAUGAAUACGAGAGGAAUCUCUCGGCGGUUAUACCAC